UAAAGCUUUUACCCCAUAAACAGGACUUUUAUAAAAUUAAGUAUAUCAGUUUCUUUCUUCAAUGGGAAGCGUACAAUCAGCGAAACGCAGAAUUAGGUCGUUUCCACUACUUCAUUCUUCAACCAGCCGAUAUCACCGUCUUUCUAAUUCUUCUGCUUUGCUGAACCAACCUCUACUGAGAGACGAGAACCUCUCUGUGGAAACAAAACAUGAAAUUCAAGCCUACUGGGAAAAGUGUUCGGCUCUAGAGAAGGAGAUUCAUGGACUCAAAUCCAAUUUUGAUAGGCUCAAAACAACGGUUCAAACCAGCAUCUCAAAACUGCAAUCAAGACCCACCUCAGAGGCCGAGGCCAUUGAAGGUGAAAAACAGGAAGCAUUAAUUGCCAGUCUCAAAGAAAUGGUUGACAAAUUAAAGAAAAGACUUGAUGGGGAAAUUAUGGCACGUGAAGCUGACAAACGGGCUUAUAGUGCUUCAUUGUCAAAUCAAGGAUCGGUCAUCAAAAGGGUAGAAGAGAAGAACAUUGAUGUGGAAAAAGAAAUCGCAGAACUGAAAACCGUAGUUAAUGAGAUGAAAUCUAGCAUGGUUGACUUGGCUGCUGUUACUGCUGAGUUGAAGCUUGAAUCUCGUCGAACAAAGGAGGCACCCAAAUCAGCUGAACUUAGAAUACCAAAACUGAGGUUGAUAACAGCUUUAAUGGAUGUGCCAUGUAUCAUUCUCAUAUUUUUAAUUGGAUUUCUCAUCGGUCAAAAUAUUUAACCAAAUUUAAUUUAUGUCUGCACUCUGCACAACAGCAUGGACCGUGCGUGGGAAGGUUAUCUAGUGUGUUGCUCUGAUUAUGUUUUCUUUUUCUCUAUUUUUUUUCUUCUUCUUUUU